AAAGAUGUUCCGAUUUCCUCCUGUGACUCUGCUGAGGCAGCUCUGGAUGAGAAAGCGCAGCUGAAGCCCACAGCACAGGUUCCUGGGCCAGCCAGGGUGUCCUGCCAGAGUCAGUGGCUGCACAAGCUCCCAUGAUGAUUUCCAGCAGUGGCACUGGGGAAAUCUCUCAAUGGCACGGCCUAGGACCUGCCCAGCCUGCGCAGAAAGUGGCCCAGCCCAUGGAGAAAGAGACCAAGCCCCAGCAUCCGGCUCCAAAUGGGCACCUUGAGAAGCCCCUGGAGAGAAGUGUUCUUCUGCAGAAGCUGACUGUCUUUCACAUCGCUAUUGCUUUUUCACACCUGGCCUUUGGCGGUUACCUGCUCUCCACAGUUAAGAAUCUGCACUUGGUGGUGCUGAAGUGCUGGUAUCCACUCUGGGGAGCUGUCUCUUGUCUCAUUUCAGGGAUCUUGGCAAUGACAACAAGGACAUUUCCCAAGACCUCUAUGAAGGUACUGUGUGUGACAGGAAACAUCAUCAGCUUCUUGUGUGCGCUGGCAGGCCUCUUUGUCAUUGCUAAGGACCUCUUUCUGGAGAGUCCUUUUCCAUGGCCCAUCUGGAGACCAUACCCCAACAGCACAGUCUAUAUCCAGAGACUGGAGCUGACCCUGCUCUGCUUCACCUUCCUGGAGAUCUUCCUGGCGGGAUCCACAGCCGUCAUAGCCUGUAGGACAGAACGUCUGCAUGCCGAGGACAAGGAUGACACCCCUCUCGUUCCUGACGCACCUGUGGAACUUGAAGGUCUCUCGAUGGGGCCACCACCAUGUUAUGAAAAUGUGAUUGAAGAUAAAAACUGAAUUCCUACAGUGGCAAAUCCAUCCUCACCUCCCUGUGGCUGGACUCCAGUGUAAGACAGGCAUGACUCACACAAAUAAAUGUACAA